AUGCCUUUGUGGCUCGAGCGUUGGGGCGCACAGGGCAAGGCGCCAUAUCACCCUGGCCCUUAUGCUGUGUACCGAAAUGUGAAAGACUACGGCGCGCGGGGUGAUGGUGUGACGGACGAUACCGAGGCCAUCCAACGCGCGAUCGCUUCUGGCGACCGUUGUGGAUCACAGGCUGACAGCAGCACGACCUCUCCCGCGCUAGUCUACUUUCCACCUGGCACCUACCGCGUAUCAUCGCCCAUCAUCUCAUAUUACAAUACACACCUCAUGGGCCAUCCUACGCAUCGAGCCCAUAUCGUACCGCUCCCUACGUUUCACGGCAUCGCUGUGAUCGAUGAGAAUCCAUACGAACCUGGUGGAAAGAAUUGGUAUAUUCCCCAAAACAAUUUCUUCCGUUCCGUAUCGAACUUGGUCCUCGACUUGACGCAGAUGACGCAUGCGUGGGGGACGGGCAUACACCACCAGGUGAGCCAGUCCACAGGCUUGUACAAUGUCCACUUUGAAAUGAAAGUGGGGCCUACUUCGCAACAACAAGGGAUCUUUAUGGAAAAUGCGAGCGGCGGAUUCAUGUCAAAUCUUACUUUUCACGGUGGAAAAUUCGGCGCAUGGCUCGGCAAUCAGCAGUUCACAGUGCGUCAUGUCCGCUUUUCUGAAUGCCAAACGGCACUUUGCUUGCACUGGAAUUGGGCAUGGACGUUGUUGGAUGUGCAUAUCCAAGACUGCCAUGUCGGUCUUGAAAUGAUGGCUAUGCUUCCCGACAAACAGGGCGUCGGUUCUCUCCUCCUAUCCGAUUGGCAUGUUCAGCGUACACCCAUAGCUGUCCAGCUUGAGAAGGCCGGAACAGGGCGUCUUGUAUUGGAUUAUAUGCUCCUGGACGACGUGGAUGUGGUCGUGCAAGGCCCUGCCACACCACUUCUUACGCCGCCAUCCAAGACGUACAAAGUCGUGUACUGGGUCAAGACCCCUGCUGUGCUGCCAUCCCAAGCCCUUGCAGUAAAGCAAAUCGACACACCAGAAGGUCCUACGUAUGUGGGCGCCGUGAAUGUACCGCCACGUCCUUCGUGUCUGGUGGAUGCACAAGGAUGUUGGUUCGGGCGUGAGAAGCCGCAGUAUGCCGAUUUGCCGGACGACCAGUUUGUCAGUAUGCACAUGUACGGUGCUAAGGGCGAUGGCAUCGCAGACGAUACAGCGGCGAUGCAAGCUGUACUAGACAGGCACAUUGGCGCUGUCAUAUACGUGCCUUAUGGCGUCUAUGUCUUGCAUGAUACGCUGCAUAUUCCUGUAGGUACGAGGUUGGUCGGUCAAGCACAACCGACUUUGCUCGGCACAGGCUCUGCCUUCCAGGACGCCCAGACCCCACGCCCUGUGAUACGUGUCGGCCACCCUGGCGAGCGAGGGAGUGUGGAAAUCUCUGACGUGAUCUUCAGUACACGUGGACACUGUCCAGGUGCGAUCGUUGUGGAAUGGAAUGUGCAGGAAGAAACGCAAGGCUCUGUAGCCAUGUUUGACGCUCAUAUUCGUAUCGGCGGCACGGCCGGUACAGAGCAAGAGCUGCGUCAAUGUCCGAAAGAUGCGCCUCUGGAGAGCCUUCCACGAGCAAAUUGUCUCAGUUUGCAUGUAACAAAGGAGGCGAGUGGGUACUUUCAAAAUGUAUGGAUAUGGACAGCGGAUCAUGAGCUGGAUACAGGCGCGCCUGCCCAAAUCAAUGUCCUCACAGAUCGCGGAGUGCUCAUUGAAUCUCAAGGUCCUGUGUGGAUGUACGGCACCGCGAGCGAGCACGCCCUAUUGUAUCAAUACUCCCUGGUUGGCGCAUCGAAUGUCCUACUAGCGAUGAUUCAGACCGAGUCGCCAUAUUUCCAAGGUCACGACUUUGCCUUGGCUUCACACAGUGUGCCUCGUCUUGCCAAGUUUCCUGAUCCUGACCUAUCGGUCCCUUAUACAAAAACCGAUAAGGUCCCUGCUUUACCUUCAGAUGCCUGUAUGGAAGAUCGCGCUUUGGGACUGCAUAUAUCGGCUUCCCAGAAUAUCUUUGUGCUGGGCGCCGGCCUCUACUCCUUCUUUGACUCGUAUGGCCAGGCUACACUGAGCGAGCAUGCAUGCCAACGUCGUUUGUGUGUGAUUGAGCAGAGUUCUAGGUCUUCGGUAUGGCUAGUGCACACAGCGACUGUGGGAACACAGAUCCUGGUGAGUAUAGAUGGCGAAGAUCAGCUCCAUGAAUCAAGGCAUCGUGAAGGCUUCUGCAGUACAUUGUCCCUCUGUGCUGUGACGCCCAAGGGCAGGUAUCUCUUGUAA